CUGCAUCUCAGGUUUCUGUCUGGUGCCGUGUCUCUGCCACACGGACUGGCGCCCGGGAACAUGCUGCAGAAAGGAGGAGGAAGUCAGGGCCUAAUAUUAUGAUUUUUUUAAAAGCAAAAUUUAUGGAGGCUGGCUUUAUACACCAUGUUUAUAUUGGUGCUUUUUGAUUUGCUUUUGUGCUUUUAAACAGCUUCCUAGCAAAAAUACUUACAUACUAUUCUCUGAAUAGUUUCAAAUACCAUUUCUAAAUAGAUACCAGUAGUUUCAAAUGAGGUAUUAUCUUUUAUUUGACCAACUUGUGUUAGUGAAAGAGACAAGCUUGUGAAGGACACAGAGCUCUUCAGUUUCAUAUAGCAGCAUGGAGACAGCCUCACGCAAUAUUAUGGAAACUGAUGAAACUAACAUUGGCCAACAGAUACUCCUGGUUUGAACAACAAGGAUUAAGUGAGUCUGAAAAUAUGUGGAUGCUGAUACUGAAGGCUGUCAAUCCAGAUCUAAAAUCCACAAGCUGGGAAACAGUGCCCAGUUUACCAGAAUUUUUUGGACAGAAUUCUGAAAAUGAGAAGAACCCCCCAAAACCAGAAGUAUUUAAGGUUGGAAUGAAAGAUUUUCAGUGGAUACCUCUCCCAUCUUUCUACAAAGAAAAAGCUCUUAAUAGAAAGAAUCCAAGCUGCUGUUACCUAUCAAAAAGUCAAACUGAGCAUCUAAUGGAAAGAGAGGACCAGGCAGACCAAAACCAGCUAAAUAUUGCUCCUGUAGUUGAGAAAAUAUCCCUUGCAGUUAAUGAUGAUCCAGGUGAGAUCAUAAGAAUGAAACACAGCAGGAAAGGUUCUUCAAAACUGAAAGAAAAAGGAAGGACUGAAAGGUAUGAACGUAAUCAGUGUAUGGAUUCAACACUGCAUACUGUACCAGCAUCUACCCAAAGUCUUGCAAAAGAUUUUUGCCUUCAACAGCUCUGUAAAGGGACUGUUCUGAGUGAAGAGAAAAGCAGAAAAGAAAAUGAAAGAGGACAACAGUCAGAUGCACAAAUGCACCAACAUAAUGUUUUAUUAGGUGAGACCAGAUCUACAUCUGCAGAAAUAAAAUCUCCUGUUGACAUCCCCAGAAUGGAAAGUCUUGAGGAAAAGGCUGAGGAUCAGAGAGUAGGAACUUUAACUCUUGACAGUUGUCCGAUGUGUCUAAUCCAGUUUACUGGAACAUUGUCACAGUUGGACAUUGACAGCCAUCUUGCUAAAUGUUUGUCUGAAAGCGCAGAUGAUGUGAUUUGGUAAAAGAACAAGAAUGAAGACCCAAGAAGUCAGAUGCUAAGAUAUGAAUCUCUACAAAAAAAAAAAGGAAAGUAUAUCAAGAAAAUGUGUUCCGAUAGAAUGUGUGUAUUAAACUUGUAUAAUUGAAAAACAGAAACAAAGAAGGGUCAUAAAUACCAUCAUGCUCUACUCAUUUCCUCUGAACCCACUCUGUAUAUCCAUUGUAUCCCUGAUCUUGGAAAGAGAACUGCGUGGGCAUACUUCUGGAUGCUGCGGAGCCCCACCGAAUGCAUAUCAAGAAAGUACUAUUAUGGCUUCUUGAAGUAUAGUAUCUGUUCUCUUUUGCCAGGUAUUUAAUUUGUUAUGCUUUUGAAAGGUAUAGCAGGAAGAGGUUGAUGCAAGAAAUUUUCUUGUAGACUGUUAAUUUGCCUAAUCCAAAUGUCAUUGAAUCCAAUAACUUCAACAGGCUUUGUAUCAGGCUCUAAAUGGUUAACUCUUUGGAAAGUAAAUUGCCCGAUACUUUAAAAAAAGUGCUGUAGUACCCAGUGUCUGUUUAGGCUUUUAAAUAUCAGUUCAUGCUUUAUGUGAAAAAAGUUUAAAUAAAAAUCUAGUUGGAAUUUU